GCCUCUCUCCACCGAUCCCUUCACCCCCACCGGCGGCGCGCAGCUCGACGACCCGAGCGAUCCUGCGGCGGAGGCGGCAGCCAUGGUGCACGUCAACUUCUACCGCAACUAUGGUAAGACCUUCAAGAAGCCAAGGCGUCCGUAUGAGAAGGAGCGUCUUGACGCUGAGCUGAAGCUGGUUGGGGAGUACGGUCUGCGGGCCAAGCGUGAGCUCUGGCGCGUGCAGUAUGCUCUGAGCCGCAUCCGGAAUGCUGCCAGGGAGCUGCUCACCCUGGAUGAGAAGAGCCCCCGCCGCAUCUUUGAGGGUGCAGCGCUGCUCCGCCGCAUGAACCGCUAUGGUCUUCUCAGUGAGGACCAAAACAAGCUUGAUUACGUGCUUGCCCUCACUGUUGAGAACUUCCUCCAGCGCCGUCUCCAGACCAUCGUGUUCAAGAAUGGCAUGGCCAAGUCAAUCCACCAUGCUCGUGUCCUUAUCCGGCAGCGCCACAUCAGGGUUGGAAAGCAGCUCGUCAACAUUCCUUCUUUCAUGGUGAGGGUUGACACAGAGAAGCACGUCGACUUCUCACUCACCAGCCCCCUGGGUGGUGGCCCUGCUGGAAGAGUGAAGCGGAAGAACCAGAAGAAGGCCUCAGGAGGUGGUGGUGACGAGGGCGAGGAGGAGGAAGACUAAAUGCUUGGCCUCGCCCCUCGUAACUUUUGCUGCAGAAAUGAUUCGAACUUUGGCUCGAGCUUAGAAACUAAGUGGUGCAGAGCUUUCGUUUCUUUUACUCAGAAUCUUGCUUUUGCUGUCAGUUCUAGAACUAAACUUGUGGGUGUCGGUUUUGCUUUGUUAGUAACUACCGGCUGAACUCAGUGCCGCUGCUUCAUUUUUGGUGACCUAAACGUAUCUUCUGCA